AUGGAGAUAUAUAAGACAAAAUCAUCGCUGAUUUGUAUAAUAAUAUCGGUGUUGGCAGUGGUUUCAAUACUAUCAGCUUUAUGGUUAAGGUCGUUGGCUGAGGAACGUCCAGCCAAACCAUAUUAUCCAAAACUGGAAUUUGCAAUUUCAAUGUUGAAUCUCUUACAAAAGAACAAGCCGAAUGAAAAUGUUUUUUAUUCACCCAAAAGUGUAUACCAAGCUCUGUUAUUAACUUAUUUUGGUGCUGGUGGUAAGACAGAGAAAGAGCUCGAAAAUGUAUUAGGAUUGAUGAAAUGGGCCAAAAACAAAACGGACAUUGAAAAUGCAUAUAAAUUGGAGAAAGACGCACAGGCCAAACCAUACCAAAAUGCAUCCGUUGAAUUCAUUUCAGUUGAUAAAUUAUACUUUUCGGACAGAGUCAACAUCAAAGAUUCGGCGAAAAAUCUACUGAACGAAAACAUUGAGCGACUCAAUUUCUUUACUGAACCAGCUCAAUCAGUUGAUCACAUUAACCAAUUUGUUGAGAAUAUCACAAAGAAUAAUAUCAAAGAUAUUCUUCAAUUGGAUGCAGAUACAAUGAACAUACAGGUUGCUAUCAUCAAUGCUGUGUAUUUCAAAGGAGAUUGGGUGUCAGAAUUCAAAAAAUCAAACACUUAUAGAGCAAAAUUCUAUAAGCAUGGUGUAGAAGAGACUUAUGUGGAUAUGAUGCAUCGAUUGGGGCACUUUAAAUAUGGCUUUAUCGAACAUUUGGACACAGCAGUCUUGAGAAUGCCAUACAAAGGUGAAAAUUUUUCAAUGUACAUCUUCUUGCCAGAUAACAGCAGAACAGCGAUUGAUGAGCUGUUGGAAGAGUUAACCCCGACCAUUUUGGACGAUGUGUUCAAUGGUACUGUUGAAACUUGGGAAACUAGGGUUUCCGUUUCAUUUCCAAAGUUUUCGUUUGAACAAACAUCUAAACUGGAACAGGCAGUGCAACGUAUGGGCAUUCAAAGUUUUUCUGACAAAACUGCAAAUUUCAGUGGCUUCUUUGAAUCUACACUAUCGGAGGGGUAUGAAGUAAAAAUGUUUCACAAGGCUAAAAUUGAAGUUGAUGAAUCAGGUUCAACAGCUGCUGCAGCUACCGCUAUGAUUUCUUAUCCAUGCAGCAUGGCCUAUCGUCCACUUACUCCUGUCGAAUUUAAUUGUGAUCACCCAUUUUUAUUCGUUAUUCAUGAUGAACAAUUUGACGAAAUUUUAUUUGCUGGCAUUUAUCGUGGACCAAACUAACGUUAAAAUUAAAAGACAAUUGCCUUUCACAAUUCGGAAAAAAUGCUGCUUUGUGUAAAAUAUGUAUGCUUUGAAUUGAACACUGUUGAUUACGAAGAUAAAAACGGAUUCAUUCGUGAAUCUUGUAUAUUUUGAUUGUAAUUGACUUUCAUAUAUUUACGUCACCGCUUGUGAUGAAAGGCCAAAAAUAAAU